AUGUGCAACAUCUCUUCCUACCCUAUGUUCCUGACACCAGCUAUUAUUGAAAUGGGACAGUGUGACUCCUAUUUGAGGAUGAGAGCACAGGAUAUGAACUUUGAAGACGUGGCCAUUGCCUUCUCUCAGGAGGAGUGGGAGAUCCUUGAUGAGGCUCAGAGACGUCUGUACAGAGAUGUGAUGCUGGAAGUGUUUGCACUUGUAUCAUUCAUAGGUCCUUGGCAUAAAAUGGAUGAUGGAGAGGCCUAUUCUGAGCUCAGUGUAUCUGUAGGAGACUCUCAGGUCAGGGCUUCCAAGACAGCUGCAGCCACCCAGAGGACCCAUCUUUGUAAGCCGUGCUUCUCGGUGUUAAAAGAUAUUUUGCACCUGACUGAGUUACACGUGGCAUACUUUGAGAAGAAUGUGUUCUUAAGUGAUGCAUGUGUGAGAGACUUGUGUUUCAGUGCAAACCCUCACCAGCAGCAGAAGGAUGCCAGUGGAGAGAAGGCCUGGAAAGAAGAUAUGGAGAGAGCUUCGCUUGUGACAACUUGCUGGUUCUACUUAUCUGGGGUGCCUGAAGCUAGUACUGAGGUUGGGGUGGACUCCCCAGUCACCUCAGGGCUUCUCCAGCACCAGGCCACUCUGAACACUGAGGAGCCACACAGUAACAAUGAGAGUUCACAGGAAUGUCUCAGUGGAAAAAGACAUCACCAGUGGGUUGAAUGUGAAAGAGCUGCCAGCCAGAAACAGAAAGUUGCUUAUCAGAAAGGUCUCAGCUUUGGAGAUAUGAUUAAUGAGUCUAAUAAAUGUGGUGAAGUGUUCAGACAAAUCCUUAACCACUUUGAACAUGGGAGAGUUCACACUGUAGAAAAGCCCUGUGAGUGUACUGAUUCUGACGUCAUUGGCAGAAUAAUCUAA